AGUCACACGUUUUUUCCCUGUAAUUUCUAAAUAUUUAUCAUGAAUGAAAUUCAGAUGGCUUUAACUUUUGUAAAUCGUAAAUAUCAAUUGAACAAGAUCGUUUAUGGGAUCAAACACUUUAUCUUGAGGACAAUUACUAGGUAUAUAUAAAAACAAAUCUGGAGUUCAACGACCGAUGAAUGACAACGGACAGUGCACCCCGACAAGUAUGCAAGAAGUUAAUUAUACGAAAUCGGCAUUACAAAAUUAUGACUGUCAUCAAGUCAUCGACGAUGAAUAAAAAACGUAAACAUAAAGUGAAGGAAUUCCCUCAUCCUGUUGAUUCUGGGUGGUCAUGGAUGGUAUUACUAGCUUCAUUCAUACUGUUUGUAACGUUUGGUGGUAUUUUGAGAUCUUUUGGUAUAUAUAUGGUAGAGUUUUUGACAGUUUAUAACACAGACUCGACGUCAUCGUCGCUUAUUAUUGGCUUGCAGUUUGCUACUAGUAGUGUUGUCGGUUUCCUAAGCAUGACAAUAGGACUGAAGUUUCUGACACCCAGACAGGUGAUAAUGACGGGUGGAUUUAUUGGCAGUCUUGGAUUAAUAUGUAAUACAUUUGCUCAAAGUAUCUACUUCUUCAUUUUCUCUCACAGCAUUUUAGUCGGGAUUGCCAUAGGUUCUAUAAACGGGCCAUGUUUGUUCGUACUCGGAAAGUAUUUUGACAAACGAAGGAGUUUAGCGAACGGAAUAACUAUGAGUGGUGUGAGCUUUGGUGGUCUUAUAAUGGGACCUUUAUCCAGACUACUUAUUGAUACAUACGGACUUAGAGGAGCCUUUCUCAUAAUUGGGGGAAUCCAUUUUCAUACAGUAAUGGCAGGUGCUUUAUUACGACCAGAAACGUUUUAUCGGGUUGUUAUUAAAAAAAGAAACCGUAAAAUCAGUGAUGAUAAAAGCCAAGAUCAGAGAACGAGAAAAAUAAGUGAAAAUAAAAACCCAGAUCAGAGAACGAGAAAAAUAAGUGAUGGUAAAAAUCCAGAACAUAGAAUUAGAAAAAUAAGUGAUGGUAAACACCCAGAACAUAUAAUUAGACAAAUAAGUGAUGGUAAAAACCCAGAACAAAGAACUAGAAAAAUAAGCGACUCUAGAAAACCAGAAACAAAAGCACUUUUAGAAGAAAAUAAUGAUCAGUUUGACGGAUUCCGUCCAAGGUCAUUAACAGGAGAUUCGUUCUCGCCUUUAGCUAGAAAAGCAAUGCUACAACGAAUGCGUUCAAGAACAGAAUCAGAAAUUGUGCAAGUUGAAAUGGAUCCAACUUUAGUUGAAUCAAACCAGCAUAUCAGCUCGUCUCAAGGAAAUAUACUUGCAAAAUUUGAAAGUUCCGAGACGAAAAGAAGACAUUAUUUAAGUAGCGAAUUUUUAUAUGAUAUCAAUACAGCUGAAAUAAUUCGAUCAAUAAGUGAUGAGAGUGUUAAUAAGCUAUCAAAAGGAGAUGCGACUUUAGUAAGGAAACAUAGCAUAGUGUCCGUUCUUCGUUAUGUGUUUAACUGUGCGAUUUUUAGAAAUAUUGCGUUCACUUUGUUUAUAAUAGCUUAUUUAACAGGAAGUAUUGGUUGUUUAUAUCCAAUCAUGUUCAUUCCUCCGUUAGCAGACUUCCACGGGAUAGACAAAACCCGUACUAGUCUUAUCAUAUCUAUUUCCAGUGUUAUAGACAUAUUUGGUCGGGCUGGAAGUGGAAUAUUCGCAGAUCAUGGUUUUAUUGGUAGAAAACAUAUUAUGAUUAUUGCAUUGAUUAUAUGUGGUAUUAUAAAUUCCUUAAGCCCAUUUUAUACCGAAUUCUGGUCCCUUGUUUUAUAUUCUGUGAUAUAUGGACUCGUUGGAGGGACUAUGUUUGCUAUUAAUUCAUCUACCUUGUCAGAAAUAAUCGAACCUGAACGUUUCGGUCAAGCUAUUGGGCUAAUGACUGGAGGUCAGCACAUAUUUUUUGGGAUUACUGGACCAUUCAAUGGUGCAUUGAGAGAUCUGACGGGAAGUUACAACGCUACAUUCUUUUUCUUUGGAAUUACAAAUUUCUUUGGGGCUUUUUUAUUGGUCAUAGAUGUUAUAUAUCUCAGACUGAAUGGACCAAAAAAAACACAGCUUGCUGAGAUUGAAAUUGAGCCCUUAUAGACGUUUCUUCGAUCAGUAUUAUGUUUACCGGUUUUAUGUUAAUACGAAUUUAUCUUAUACUAAAAAUAAUAAUAACAAAGUUGUUUCUUCCUUGGUUACAAUAAUUACAUAGUUAUUUCCCUUGAUUUCAAUGUUUGCUGUUCAUUAUUACCUUAUGCAAAAUCUUAAGCUCUGGGGUUGUGCUCAUUAGUCACCAAGGGGGCGAAUCUAGAAUUUUUAAAAUGUGGUGGGGGUGGGGUGGGGAUGGCGUAAUUCCAUAAAACGGAUUUUUGUGGAGGAUUUUAUGCAAAUAAAUCUUUUAAAUCGUUAGAAAUAUGAGAUCGAUUUUUUUUCAGCGAUCAAAAAUAGGGCGUAAUCCCUCUACGCACCCUGGUUCUGCCACUGAUCACCCUUACUAACUUAUGCCAAGAAAAAUAUAAUUUAAACAAUCACGACUGCGAUAAGAGGAGUCUUUGGAUAUACUAUAGGAAAGGUAUUACUUCGUCUGGAACCAUAUUGUUUCAAACAAGAAGUACUCCGCAGUGGAAAUGUUUUUCAUCGAAAACUUAUUGUUGAAUUCGUUAGGAAAAUUUUACCUACAGGAAUAAAAAACCUUGCAAUAAAUCUGCACAUCACAUGCAUUCCUUUUCUGGGUAUCACGUUUCAAAGUAAGUUCACAAGAACGUGUACACGUUAUGGUGACUUUCUCAACAUUAUGCUGAUUAGAGCACACUUUGUAGAUCUUUGUAUAAAGAACCAAUAAAACUUAACUUAACUUUUUUACAAUACCUGCAGAUAUUUCUACAACAUGUUCUGUCCAAAUAAUUCGGACUCGUCUUAAUAUACAACUGAAAUUAAUCCGCUUCAACUGAAUCUUCCUUCUUAUAUCCAUCAUCAAGUUUAUACGCAUACUGUCAUCGUUAAACUAGAGCGUCUUGUGUUUCUAUUUAUGAAAUAUUUGCAACACAAGAAAAAAACUUUAAUUAUACAAAAAAUACAUGCUAUACAAAAGUAAUUAAAAUCUAUAAAAAGUAAUACAAAACAUUCUAAGCAAAUAAUAUUAUCAAACAUAAAAUAUCAACUCAAAAGUAUUAAACAUAACUGCUCAUAAUCACUUAGUAAGCAUACAUGUAUCUAGAAGACGGUAACGUUCAAAUCAACUCUUACAGUUCUUAUAUAAAAUAAAGAAAUAUGCAAUGAAGGCCAUCUACCAAUUCCUUCAUUCAAUAUCAAAGGUACAAAGAAUGACGUGCAGAACGAAAGACAAUUAUAAAAAGUAUGGAAGAGACGGGCAGAAAGAAAGACAAAUAAUACAAAGUAUGGAAGAGGCGGGCAGAACUAAAGCCAAAAAUACAAAGUAUGGUAUUAGAGGCGGGUAAA